AUGCUCGAACGAGUCCUUCUACUUCUUUCAUCACUGCCUCUAUGCUACGGGUUAAAUUGCUAUCAGUGUGGUGUGUUCCUCUCCGCUCCCACGUCAAAUUGUCAGGGCGCACCGAAAAAUAUCUCAUGUGAUCCGGAUCAUUUUGGUUGCCUUAGUAUAAAUGGGAAAAAUAAGGAUGGUACUUUCUAUGUGGAAAAACGAUGUGCCGAGAAGAGCGAUACGAGAACGCCGGGAUGCGUAGAGAUAGGGAUCCAAGGGAUUUCUGCACAACAAUGCUUCUGCGAAGGUGAUCUCUGCAAUAGCACCCGAGAGUCGUUCAGCUAUACAACAUUUUUUAUGACUGUAUUUUCCUUAUUUCUGUUUACAUUUGGAAGAAAUUAG